AAAGAAUAAAAUCUCACAUCCGAUUUUUCGGGCAAGGCCCAUCUUCUUGCUAGCUACUGUCUACUGCCUGGUAGAAGUACAUGUAGUAAGUUUCUAUUCGCUUCUACUUUCUUUUGCUUCAGUUCUAGUACAAUCACAGUAAAAAAUAGUGAUCCCACAGUAAGAGAGAAUUAUUUUUACGGAAGAGCAAGUAAGUAAGAAGACCCAGGGGUCGAUACUCUCCUUACAAUACAGUGAAUAAAGUAAAGGCUGGGUACGGGUCUGGAACCUUCCCUUUCUCCAGUACAGUUUUACAUAGCAUCCGAAAUCUUUGAACGCCAGAAUUAAAUUAUUUGUCAGGAUCUCAGCAAUGGCUGAAACGGCUAGCUUCCCUCGCACGGUGUUAGUGACCGGAGCAAAUCGUGGUAUUGGUUUGGGAAUAGUCAGACAAAUGCUGCAGUCCGGUGCGACUAGUCCUGCUGCCGUGGUUGCUGGUAGUCCAGACUUCCUAUUCGCUACACAUCGUGCGCCGCUAGGGAGUGACACUAUGGCGGAUUUGGAAUCGCUGGCGAAAGAACACCCCAAACUCCAUCUCUUGAAACUUGACGUGAAAGACGAAUGUGGAAUCAAACGUAUUGCUGAUUCUGUUGAGAAGGCUGUGGGAGAGCUGGGGCUGAACUUACUCAUCAAUAACAGUGGGCUGAAUGAUCCAGCUGAUAGGCAUGCCAACAUCAGUGAACUGGACAGUGCGGCUAUGCUUGAGCACUUGUCAGUCAACACAAUAGGGCCAGUAUUGCUGACGCAGGCCUUCAUGCCUCUACUACAACGUGCUGCAGAUCAGAAUGCCAGUGAAGCGCUGGGAAGCCAGAGGGCCGCAGUGGUCUAUGUAAGCUCACGACUUGGCUCAGUGGCCCUGAGCAGUGAAGGACGCGUUGAGGCAGUCCACAACACAAAGUGCAGGAUGUAUGCGUAUCGAUGCAGCAAAUCGGCAUUGAACAUGAUGGCAAGGGUCAUGUCGUACGAACUGCAGCCACUUGGUAUUCUUUCCUUACUGAUUCAUCCCGGCUGGGUGAAGACAGGAAUGGGCGGUGCGAAUGCUGAUUUUGAAGUGGCCGACUCCGUACGCGGCAUAUUGACACAAGUGCGUAAGCUAGAUGAGGAGCAUAAUGGAGCCUUUGUGUCUCAUACCGGGGAAGUACUGCCAUGGUGAACCGGCUGUCAGCCUCCGUUGACGCAAUUAAUUGCUUGCUACUACACGUGUGAACAGGGUCACCGGAAGAUGUUUUUGAUUCGUUCGGCAUCACCGUAGUCUUUCGUACUUUGUGUAUAAUACAGCGGGCAGUACACACAACCUCCUCAGCAGUGAACAUGCGUUGGUGGCUAACAAAGUUGGUCCCGGUUGGCGACCUGACCAACCGGACGGGUUCCGGCGGGCCUGAUGAAUGUGAAUUUACAAUGAUCUGCAGCUGAAAACCACACCGUGAGUGUACACUAUGAUGAUCCGCGGUGACGUACAGAACAACCGGACAAUGAACACACUGACUCGGCGCUACAAAAUACGACCCUCAUGCAAACUCGCGGAAAUCUUUUUCAGAUGCCCAGCAAUUGUACCAGUAAGUGGGUAUGAAUCAAUCUUUAAUCCUUAUAUAUGUAAUCUUUAAUCCUUUAUCAUCACUGUAAGUUCCAUGCAAUCAUGUACUCGUGUCAUAUAAUUAUUUAUUCACCCAUUGCCACCGCACGCAUAUCAAUACAUGCAGUCGCAAUAAUCCUUUGUGUUUCACUGGAAAAUUGGAAGUCCCUUUUCGGGUUUGGUUUUGGAUACAGGAUGAAUAUGGGACAGACUUUGGACAGUCAAAUUAUUUGCAGCACUGCUGAGAUCUCUAUUAUCAUUGAAUAUUGCUGGAACCGUGAUAAUGCAUAAUUGUUUCAUCCGAUGAUUUCUUAAGUUAUCACUUCGGCUUCUGCAGCCAUACUGCACGCUGCCGCUGCCGGCUCAAUGGGCUCUCACUCCACGGCAGCGACCUAUUUUUAUCGUUACUAACGUUGUCUCGUAUUCAUAUUACAUGUACUUACUAGCUAGGUGUGAUAGUAGUAGGCGGAGCAGGCUAGAGACUGCAGCGUAACGUUAUCAAGCAAGCCAUAGCAUGUAAGACACACCAGAACAGACUGCAGCCGUGGAUUAUUACUGUGCAGUUGCUGUCAUGCACUGCUGACCACAUAACCGAUUGCGCUAUAUGUACUCUCAUUUCUAUUUUUGAGGAAAUCCUCCAAGACUUGGCAUUCUUCUUCGGUCCCGGGCUGAGUCCUGUGUUGGAGCUACUUCAAAUAGGUAUCAUGCCAUUGAAUGUGUCAGUACUCCUCGUCAGUUUUGUGCCAUGUUGUUGCACUAGCGGACUGUGUAAUUAUGAUCUCAGUUGCAUUAAUGCACAGUUUGUCAUUACUCGUAACAUCGUUGUCCUUCCUUUUAUUAGUUGUAGGGUUCU